AUGGCUUAUAGAGAUUAUCUAUGGGACUAUGGUUGUGGCUCUGAGAGUCUUGGUCAGUCGGAGGCGGUCAAAUGUUAUGAGUGUUCGUCCUCGGUCAGCGAUGACUGUGCUGACCCGUUCAAGACAACCACCACCCAGGCCGGAUGUUCCGUGUGUGCAAAAAGCAAAGUUACAGUGCUUGGCGUUGAUGUGUUUACCCGUGCAUGUGUGCCGGACGGAUCGGGAUUGCCCACUGGAUGCCAAUCCGGAGACCAGGAUGGCGGCAGUGGCGAAGCCUGUUACUGUAACAGCGACCUGUGCAACGCCUCAACACGCGUCUCCGUGACAAGCGCCCUGCUAUUCCUGCUGCCCACACUUCUUCUGGGCUACACCAACUUAUAA